UCACUUCGUUCAAAUCUCUCUCUCUCUCUCUCUUUCUCUCUCUCUGAUUUUCUGUGUUUGUGCAGCCGCCGCCUUAUGGGACCUCGGUACUCCGGCCGACCGAGUUGAGUCGGUUUCUCAUUUCGUUUUAUCGAGGAAGAAGUGCAAUACGCGAGCUGUAGUUUUUUGCCACCUUGAAAAAUUUUUUGAGAGGGGAAGGUUGUUCAUUUCUGUUGAAGGAUGGGACUUUGAGUCGAAGCGGUGACUAUCUUUUUGAGCUUAGAAAUUGAAAACCCUAGAAGGAGAUCAAGAAGAAGAAGAAUAUAGAUUGCUUUGUGUUUGAUUGGGUUUUGAAGAAUGUUGGAGUUAGAGAAGUCCUCACCAAUGACAGCUUCUACAGCUUCUGGAGAGGCUAGUAUAUCCUCCUCUGGUUAUCAAACGACGCCGUUAGCAGCACCACCACCGAAGAAAAAGCGAAACCUUCCUGGAAUGCCUGAUCCAGAUGCCGAGGUGAUAGCUUUAUCUCCCAAGACUCUGAUGGCGACGAACAGGUUUGUGUGUGAGAUCUGCAACAAAGGGUUUCAGCGCGACCAGAACCUUCAGCUUCACCGGCGAGGCCACAACUUGCCGUGGAAGCUCAAGCAGAGAACGGGCAAAGAGAUUCGCAAGCGAGUCUACGUGUGUCCAGAACCUUCCUGCGUUCACCACAGCCCGGCGAGAGCACUGGGAGACCUCACGGGCAUCAAAAAGCACUUUUGUAGAAAGCACGGCGAGAAGAAGUGGAAGUGCGAGCGGUGCUCGAAGAAGUACGCCGUGCAGUCCGAUUGGAAGGCGCACAUGAAGACCUGUGGAACCAGAGAGUAUAAAUGCGACUGCGGGACCAUGUUUUCAAGGAGGGAUAGCUUUAUCACGCACAGAGCUUUCUGCGACGCGCUGGCGGAGGAGAGUGCGCGGACACACGCCCUUGCCAUCGUUGGCGCAGACGGAAAUGCUAAUGCUAAUGCUAAUGCGGUUGUGGCUUCGCCUCCGCCCCCUCCUCUUACUCCGUCUACGAGUGUGGUGUCUCCAGCUUUGUCCAUUCAAAGUUCAGAAUUGCCGGAAAAUCCAAUCGGACUGUCGCCGGCAACGGCAGCCACGACCUCCAGCUCCUCCAGUUCCAGCACAAGUGUAUUUGCAAGCGUUUUUGCACCUUCGACCGCAACAACAAUCGCUGAACCAUCCUCGUUCUCCAAUGUGGUCUGCGCCUUGUCCCGCUCCGAUUGUCCACCACUUUCACCCAUCGAACCCACCUCCCUUUCGCUCUCCACAUCCCUCUACCUCUCCAACAAUGGCCCCUCCCUCUUUCCAACACCAAACCACGACCAUCUCCACUACGCGCCUUCCCCGCAGCCUGUCAUGUCCGCAACCGCAUUACUGCAAAAAGCUGCCCAAAUGGGCUCCACGGCAUCGAACGCGUCGUUGCUUCGUGGGUUAGGCUUGGCCGCACCGCCACCAUCUUCCUCAGGUCAAGACAGCACUGCUAUGCAAUGGAAUGGCCAUGGGAGGGCUGCAGAGAACACCUUGGGGACUGAUGGGCUUGGGCUUAGACUUCCCUCUGGUGGGAGUUCUGGGUUGAUGGGCCAGCCAAUGACUCGUGAUCUUCUUGGGCUGGGCAUAGGCGGCGGCAGUGGCGGGGCAUCCACCAGAGGUCUCUCUGCUUUGCUCAAUUCGUUUGGUGGCGGCUUUGAUGUUGCAUACGGAGGAGGAGGUGACAGUUCGCCUGGGGAUGACAAGCGCAAAGUCCAAUGAUCCAGCUCUGCUUUGCAGCUCUUUCACCGGGGUAUUUUUCUGAAGGGCCAGUUGAUAUAUAAAAAUUGAACAGUCUCCUCUCCUUAGUGGGUCACUCCAUGAAAAUUAGUAAUCAUAGAGUUAAUUCUAUAAAGAGUUUUCGUUUAAGGUCUUGUGUAAUUUUACGCUGAUAUCUUCGUUUUUAGUUCAAUUAUAUCCUCGGAGAUGUGAAUGGGAGAAGGGUUUGUACAGGAACUCUUGUAGUCGUUACUCGUUGAAAAAGGUAGCCCAAAAGGAAAUGCAAGUUCUUAGUAGCUAGUGCUUGCCUCAAUUUUUCUAA